UGAUGAUUCCACGCCCUGAUUGGAAGGGAAAGCACAACAGUAUCGGUGACCUUUGAUCACCGCAGUAAAAGGAAAGGCUUGAGGAGUGUAGCGCGUCAUCUGUCUUUGUGUGUGAACAAGCUACUCGGACACUUUCGGGAUGUUUUGGGCUUUUGUCGUUUUCUGCGCACUGCAGAGCGCAGCCCAGGCCUCCACUCGUAAAACAGAUGUGCGUGCGUCCGCCUCCGGCUCGGUGACGCUUCAGCCGUGGUUGACGGGGCUGACGGCCGUGGUGGUCUUCCUCUUCGUCGUCUUCGUCUUCGUCAUCCUCAGCAGGCUCCUGGGAAAGGACAGGAAGGACGAGGUGGAGGAGGAAGACAUGUUUGGGUACGAGAACAAGGUGGUGGAAAUGUGCGAAGACGAAGUGAUCCAAACCAGCUUGUAGGACAAAAGACGGUUUUCCCAGCUUUGGUUUCGUCUCCUUUUUUUUUUUGCCACAAAUGUCCACGUAACAAUCGCAUCUCAGUCUGUGCGCUACGCUAAACAUAUCCUGACACCUUGGGUGUCCAAAUGUGGUCAAUAAAACGCCGCCUCUUCUUGA